GAUCCUGAAAACGGAUAUGUGUUUACCGACACGCGGCCCGGUGGCCUCUCUGUAGGCCUGGAGCCUCAUGGCAACUUUCUCGGCCCGGCGCUUGGCACGUCCUUUCAGCGACUCCCGACGCCUCCUGCGCAGAGCGUGGAUGCGCUGAUUCUGCCGCUGACAUCGCAGGUGAUCUCCGGCUACAGAUUAGUGAACGGCGUGGAAGAGGCUGCCAACACGCUGGAAGCGCUGACUCCGGUUCCGAGAUAUCUGCUGCCGCUCCGGAACGGUGAGCUCGAUGCCGAAGGUGUCCUGGCAGAGAGCCUGCAGAAGGAGGGUGGCGUCCAGGACUUUCUCCGAUUGCAGGGCGAGCGGCCGAAGUUGAGCUCAGUGGAGUUGCUCGACGUCACCCCCGGCCACCCCUUGCAGAUUCGGUCGCAAAGGAAUGUGAAGAUGCCAGCGGCGUCCUAG